UUGCUUGUGCGUUUUUUAAAUGUUUUGGUAUUAAUAUUAAUAAAUGAUACUUUUUAUAAAAGGUUUUUUGAUUUGUAUUUAUUAGACAAUAAAGCAUAAUGCAUAUGUAAAUUCGUUAUGCAUAUACCGGAGCGUUCUUACAUGAUUGAGCUUGCAAUUGCAAUGGCGCAAAGUCGAGGCGAUUAAAACAUGGAUUCACUUUCAAUUGAUUUGUGUCAUUAUUUGUAUACAAGUGUGUUAUUGUUUGACAUGUGCUAAGAAGGUAUUUGGUGACAGUUGGAGUUUAGCAAAAUGACAGGAAGGGGAGCAAAGAAAAGAGGGCGGCCUCCGAAGGUUGUAGUUCAAGAAAGGCAAAAGAAAUUUCAGUAUCACUUAUUGAAAAAACCAAAAUAUUUAUUGAAUCAAAAUAAAGCUUCUGAUUCGACUGCGAGUACGCCUUCGGCGUCUAGGGCUUCAUCGCCUCAGGGAAGCGAUGGAAGUAGACGCAGUGGGGCGCGAACAAGGGGGCAACGAAAAGCAAACAGACGUGGUGGAUUGAGCGGUUCAGCAUACCAGAGAAGAGGUUAUAAUCCUAAUGUAACUGAUUUUUUGGAAUCUGAAUAUCAUUAUGGAUCAGAUUUUGGCGAUGAAUCGAGUGAAAAAAGCGAUCUGGAGGAGGAGCAGCUAGGAAUCCAUUCUGAUACAGAUGAUAGUCUAGGUGGAGAUGCAAGUAGUGAUAGUGAUUUUUCUAUAAAUAGUUACAGUAAUUUAAGUGGCACACCUAGAAGAACUAUAAGUCUUAUUCGACCACCAAGCCCUGAACCCUUAUGGCUACAGAACAGAGAAUUACCUCCAUUAAAGUUACCCAGUUCAUCAGAAGAUUUACUUGUUAGUUCAGACUUAAUAAUGCCAGCUGUAAGUAUAUAUGAAGUUUUGCGCCACUUUCGUCAAUUAGUUCGUCUCUCACCAUUUCGGCUGGAGGAUUUUUGUGCUUCGUUAACCUGUGAAGAACAGAGUGCAUUGUUGACGGAAGUUCACAUAAUGUUAAUUAAAGCAUUAUUGCGAGAAGAAGAAGUGCAACAAACUCAUUUUGGUCCUCUUGACCAAAAAGACAGUAUAAAUAUAACAUUAUAUUUAAUUGAUAAUGUGACUUGGCCAGAAGUUCUCCGAGUGUAUGUUGAAAGUGAUAAGUUUUUUGAUGCAAAGGUUUUAAAUAUUCUAGAAUCCUGUGAAUAUCCAUAUACAUCAGUGGAAAACAGAAUAAAAGUUUUACAAUUUUUAACUGACCAGUUUUUGAUUACUAAUCCAGUUAGAGAAGAUUUGAUGAGUGAAGGUCCUGUACAUUAUGAUGAUCAUUGUCGAAUUUGCUUUCGCUUGGGUGACCUUCUCUGCUGUGAGACAUGCCCUGCAGUGUUUCAUUUGGAAUGUGUCGAUCCACCUUUGGAAGAUGUUCCAACAGAAGACUGGCAGUGUGUUAUUUGUAAAUCGCAUAAGCUAUCAGGAGUUGUCGAUUGCAUUUCCCAAAUUGAGAAACAAGGAUUACUAUGUCGACAGGAGCAUCUUGGUUUUGACAGACAUGGAAGAAAAUAUUGGUUUCUGGACAGGAGAAUAUUUGUGGAAAGUGAAGAUGGAAGUGAAGUUUGGUAUUAUAGUACUGUGCCCCAACUUGAAGAACUCUUGUCUGUAUUGGAUAAAAGAGAAUUUGAAGUAGCUCUUUGCAGAGAAUUGGCUGAUUUUAAAGAAGAAAUUGUUCGGCAAAUGGAACUUACAGAAUCACUUACAAAUCAGUUGAAAGGGAAUAAAAAGUCAUAUUUUGAAAUUGAAAAUGCUAAUAUUCUAAAAUUGCAAAAAGAUCGCCAAGAAAUUUCUAAAAUUGGGGAUGAAUCAUUAGAUGACAAGUCUAACUCUACUGAAGUUGAACCAGGAAGCAGUCUUUGUAAUGAUGUUGAUAAUUGCACAAUGACUCAGAUGUCAACGGUAACAACUACCACAGUUACAACUACUACUGUGACUGAAACUACCAGAGUUACUCGUCAGAAAUUAAUGCAAAUUAAUAAUGGAACUCAAUAUUUUAAACUUGGUUUGGAAAACUCAUACAAGUCGUAUGUUAAUCAAUUUACAUCAAAUGUAAUUGCUCUCAAUAAACCACAAAGAAAUGAGGAUCGAGAUAAAAAAAGAUAUUUAUCACAUAAGUUUUCUUUAACUCCAGCAUCAGAGUUCAAGUGGAUUGGCACAAUGAAUGGUACACAAACUUACUUGAUAAAUACUCUUCGCCAAACACUACUUGCCCUUGAAAAUUCAAUUCAGUCAGCAUUUAUGCAUCCAAAUUGGAGUUUGCUGCGCAAGAGUUGGCUAACUGCUGUUGGCGCUUGCACCAAGCCUUCAGAUUUUUCUAAAGCUAUGAUUAUUCUACAAGCUUGCAUUAAAUCUGUUGUUUUUGCUAAUGUUUGGCAUGAUCAACUAGGUCAUGUAAAAUUACAUAGAAUUACAGCAGUUGAAAGAGAAGAGAAGAAAAAGUUGGACAAACGAGAAAAACGUGAAAAAGAUGAUGAAGAAGAACGCAAUAAACUCACAUAUAAUUUUGUGAAAUACACUUUAGGUUUGAAGCAUCAGGUGUGGAAACAAAAAGGUGAAGAAUACAGAAUACAUGGAAUUUGGGGAUGGUUAUGGUUAUCAAGUGCUAGAAAAUUUAAAUCAGUCAAGUCAAGUCGUGCAUUGUGCUUUGGUCCUCACCAAAUAAUGUUGAAAAUUGAAGAUAAAGAAGCAGCUAAAAUUUUAUGUUUAGAUACCAAAUCUUAUGAAUAUUUGAAAUCAAGAAAUACUAGUGAAAAUGAUCAUAAUUUACCCGAAGAAUUGAAAAAUGUAAAAUUUUUACCGAUAUCUGCCUCACGUUUUGAAGAAAUAGAUGUUUGCAAAGCUUUAACAUCACCUGGUAGAGUUUUGUACCCAAAAAUAGCGCAUGCGAGUAAGUUGGAUGAUUUUUUGGCAAGGCGUAUUCAGUUGAAGGUGAAUGAAGAAAAGGCUUGUACUCUCAAAGCUAAAGAAAUAGGUGCUGAUAAUGAUGAAAGGACAAAUAAAGACAAAAGUGAUGUUUCUACAGGCAAAACUGAAAUAUUAAAAAGCGUUGCAGAGAAGAUUCAGAAAUUACGAGUUCAAUAUGCUAAUUUAAAUCGCUUGGCUAAGCCUUAUAAAUGUUAUUCACCAGGUUGUAAUGCAGCUUUAACUGGACAGCACACCUCAGUUGUCUCUAAUUGCUAUUCUCCGCUGUGCAUACAGAAAUUAAAUUUGCGCAGAGAGCUUCUGCAAUUGUUGAGAUCAGCGCACAGCUCUGCUAAUAAUAUUAAUUCAAAAAAGACUUCAAUAUUAGAACAAAAGCUAUCUGAAUCUAAAGUAAUUGAAAGCAAAGAAAAAGAUCCUGUGAAUAUUACGAAUAAUAUUUUGAAAGCUUAUAGUUCUGCAAUUACAUAUGAUACGAGUCUUGUAUCAUGUUGUGCUGUUAAUUCUGUUACUGUUAAAGAAGAAUGUAUCAACAAAAUAGAUGAGCAUCAAAAUGCAAAUACUACUAGUUCAUUGAAAUUAAAUGAAUCAGAAACAAAAGAUCUUAAAGAAAAAGUAAAUAUUAAAGCUGAUAUAGAUAUUACUGAUAACUCAGAAAAGAUUCCUAGAUUAUCAUUAAAUAAUAUUACCACUGAUGAUGAUAUCAAAAAUGUUAAUCAAUCCCAUGAUGCAAAUAAUAGCUUUGAAUCCACUUUGGAUAGUCACGACAUGGAUACAAUGACUCCAGAAGCUAUUAAUGAAAUGAUAUUAGGUGUUAAAGGAGAUAAUUUUAUAAAUAAAUCAAAUGGUAAAGAUGAUGAGGCGAGUUGUAAAAACGAUAAAUCAAAAUAUUAUACUAGAGCUAGACCAGCAAAGCAACUGAUCACCACAACUCAAAUAACUACAACCACUACUACUGUCACUCAAACAGUACGCAUUGUUGAUGGAGUCGUUCAAAGCAUUGAUGGAUCAUCAAGUCAACAUAUUCAUGAUAGAUUAUCUCAUAGUUCUAAGGAAAAAAAUUACCUAUCUUGCAGUGCCAUGUCUGCCAAUUCACAAUACCAUGCACAAUUAAACAGACGAUUUUGUACCAACAAAACAACCAAACGUGAGGAGGUCAAUCCUGAAACUGAAUUUGCAGAAGAUGGCAGUAAAAGAAUAUAUUCAGCUAUUAACACAGCUGGAAAAAUUUAUUUAAAGAACAAUAAUGGUAUGAAUGGUAAAAAGAAGAAAACACAACACAUUAAGUAUCCAGUUGUAGCUUCAUUUCGUACUAGGAAUAAACAUAAGACCAUAAUGGUAUUACCGCAACACGAAUUAAAAACUUUAGCUAGACAUGCUGGUAGAUUGCCUGUAAAUGGUUACCACCACUUAGCAAAGCCAAACACAGCAGUGUGGCCAUACCCUUGCUCAAGGCCUCUUUUUAAAACAUGCUGGUUGUACCGUACAGUUCAUUUACGGUCAUUGGCAGCAGUUGCGUUGCAACUGCGUAUUGUGUGGACUUGCUUGAGAUGGGAUGACAUGGCGGUUAAACCAUCUAAUAAUGAUGGAAAACAUCAGGUAACAACAGAAACUGAGAUCAUGUCUUUAGAAUUAUUGAAACAUAGGCACGUGGGAAAAUUUAUGGAGAAAACACAGUAUCUUAGAAGACGUGUUGUUAUACCACUUGAAUUACCCAAAACAAUUAGAGAAGUUACUUCAAUAAGAAGUGGUCUUCGAAAACGUAAAAGAGCUGAAUCUCCACAGCAUACAGAACCACAGGUUACAGAAGAAUGGGUAGAUGAAGAUAAACUGGAACUUUGGGAAAUUAAACAAUAUGGUGACAAAUUGGACAAAGCGAAUAUUUUGCCUGUCACUCGUACUGCUACAGGUAAGUUGCCUCCUGUCAGAAGUGCACAUGAUCCUUCACCUACUACUGGAGGAAAGCGACUUGUUGAAAGUGUCAGCGGUAAAGCAACUCCUGAAGAAAUCAAAGAGAAAAUGGAACAACAAUUAAGAAUGCAGAGAGCAGCACAUCAACAAAAAAGAGCUCUGGAACUAAAGAGCAUUCAGAAAGCUCCUUCAGCAGUUCCAGUUUCAAAUACGGAAAAUGCUGUUAGAAUAGUCAAGAAAGGUCUUGCAAAUAGUAAA